AUGCUGAAUAUAUCCAGCCUGAAGAGCUUGACGAUAGGCCCGGGCCACACACAUUCAAAAGACGUGAUUCUAUCUCUCCUGGAGGGCACGCCGAACCUGGAGAUCUUGGAUAUUUACUACGACGCAUUCCUAGAAGACUUCUAUGAGUUGGCGCCCGCGUCAUACCCUGGACUUCGACAGCUUCACGACCUUACUGUGCGGCAUCAAGGUGUGGCUCUCAAACAUCAGUUCGCGGCCCUCUUCAAGUGGAUACAGGCCGUCGUCCCGACGCCUUCGCUGGAGCAUCUAGAGCUCGUGUCGGAUGAUUCUCGGGAAUGCAAAUACUCACAAACCUUUGUCGAGAUGAUUCGCCAAUACCCGUCCCUGAAAACCCUCACGGUACCAAGCGUUCAUCUGACAAACAGCGAAUUCAAGCAAACUGUUGCUCAGUGCUCACGAUUGUCUACUUUGUAUUUCACCGUGCGAGGUGUCGGAGGGAAGGAGACCAAGCGGAGGAAAUUCUGGAGGGAAGGGGUUCCAUAA